AUGAAGCUAUCGACACCUUCCUUUUCCGCAUUCCUCCUCCCAGCGCUAGCACAACUCGCUGCAGCCGAGUCUUUCAGCCUGUACGCAUACGGGGACAGUCUGGGUGGCCUGGCUCUCUACUACGCUGACGGCAAAGCCGUCGUGAGCGCCAGCAUACCGUCCAAUGCGACCGAUGUCUCACGCGUGACCUUCACCAAGGAAGACUCCAACGGCCUGCUCGGCAACCCUCCGAACGACAACCACACCACUGGAGAUAGCGGCAGCCUCGCCAACCAGCUGCUGUACGUGCCAAGCUCGUCCGCAACGUCCAAGCAAGUCGGGCUUACCGCGGACGCCGGCGCUGACCAGGUGACCAGCCGGUUUGUCUGGUACGGGAAUUCCCUGCUGGUGGAGGAUGAGUCGGGCGAGUAUACCUCGUUGUUCUCAGUGAAGAAAAGCUCCUCGGAUGACGGCGAGUAUGCGCUGCUGUGA